CUUCUAAAAUUUCAAUCCUCUUUUCUUUCAUUAAAUUCUAUCUUUGUGAGAGAAAAUAUUUUUUUAUCUUUCCUUCUUCAUUUUCAUUUUUUUUUUUCAAUUAAAAAUUUUCCAAAAAAAAAAAAAUGAAGAACCCACAAUCAAAUCUUCCACCAGGGUUUAGAUUCCACCCAACAGAUGAAGAACUCAUUCUUCAUUACCUAAGAAAAAGAAUAAAUUCAACACCUUUACCAGUUUCCAUAAUUGCUGAGGUUGAUAUUUACAAGUUUGAUCCAUGGCAAUUACCAGAAAAGGCUUUGUUUGGAGAGAAAGAAUGGUACUUUUUUAGUCCAAGAGAUAGAAAAUACCCAAAUGGAGCUAGGCCAAAUAGGGCAGCUGCAUCUGGGUAUUGGAAAGCCACAGGGACUGAUAAAACUAUAAUCUCUUCUUCUUUAUGUUCUUCUUCUUCAUAUCAUCAAAAUAUUGGUGUUAAAAAAGCUCUUGUGUUCUAUAAAGGAAGGCCUCCAAAGGGUGUUAAGACCAAUUGGAUUAUGCAUGAAUAUCGUCUAGCUGAAUCUCCAACCUAUGCUUAUAAUUCCAAACUCAACAACAUAAACAAGGUUAAAGAUUCUUCUAUGAGGUUGGACGAUUGGGUACUUUGUCGUAUCUACAAAAAAACAAAUGUAGUACAACAACAACAUCAUCAAACGACAACAACUAUGGCAAGUGAUUAUCUUAAUCAUCAUCAUCAAGAAGAAGAAGAAGAACAACAACAACAAUUUAUCCAAGAAGCCCUUUUGUCAUCUUCUUCACCAUCAUGCUUGAAAGGGGACCAAGAAAAGUACUACUCCAUUAUCAAGCCUCAAAAAUCUUCUUCAUUCUCAAACUUGUUGGAUUACUCUAUACUAAGUAGUUUAUUAUCAGAUUGUCCAAAUAAUAACAACUCAUCAUCAAUUGGGUUUGGUGUUAAUGAUGAUUAUGAUAAUAAUCACUACAACAACUCAAUGAUUAGUAAUAUUCAAGACCAAAAUCAACAACAAAGUUUCUUCAAUAAUAGUGUUACUAACACUCCUACUGAUUCAUUUACCGGUAAUUACAUGGUUCAGCGAAAUUGUCAUAAUAAUAAUAACAAUAAUAAUAAGCUUCCUCAGCUUGAGCAGCUACCACUACCGCCGCCACCAAUAAGUGUCGAAAAUCAUCGAUUUAAGCGCCAAAGAUCGAGCUCGGAUGAAUUGAUGCAAUGCCCACCACAACCACCAUCAAAAAAAUGCAUGGUGAACAAUAAUUGUUGCAAUAAUGUUCAAUCAUCAGCUGAGUACAAUUAUAUGAAUCAGUACUUGUUGUUGAAUAAUCAGCAAUUGUUUUUGAGCCCUGAGCUUCAAUUUCAAGGAUAAGACAAUAAUUAGGAAUAAGAACACACAAGAUUAAGAAAAAUAUUGAUGAGAAGAAGGGUAAGUAGGGACAUGUUUGUUGUUGUUGUGAGAUUUUUAUGUUGUUAGAAAGAGGAAUGUUUGGAUAGGAAAUAUUUUGGUAAAAAAGGGUGUUAAUUUAAUAUAUUAGAUUAAAAUAUGAAAGAUCAUUACUCAUCAAGUAGAAUUGUACUAUAUAUAGUUUCAAAUGAUUUUAUUAGAGAUUGAUUUUACACUUUUGCUCAUA